AGUCCCCAGAUCCCUAAAUCCCUCUCACCUGUUGCUCUGCCUUCUCCAGCCCAUUGCUUCCGCCGCUUCCUCGCCGCCUAAACGUCGUCGCCGCCGCCCCCCUCCUCGCUGCCGCUACGCUGUCCGCCUCCAGAUCAAGCCUACUGGUCGUCGCCUCCGCAGCCUCAACGCCGCCGCCGCCGACUUCAGCUGUCCUUUUUCCUGGCCGGAACUCGGCUCUAUCUAUCUCUAUCCUGAUUUGUCUGGCCACGGCGAGCACCACCACCACCGUUACCGGUUGCACCCCCUCAGCCUUAGCGGGAGAUUGUAUGAGAGUGGAUGAUCUGUCUCCUUAAGUGAUACCGAAUUCUUGUCAUCUAAAUUUAUCUCCCACCACUGCUUGCCAAGGCCUCCAUCAAUGGAAACUCAGAGAUUGCUUCCCGGGUUUUGCUCUGCCUCCCAAAUCCAAUCAAUUCAAAACCCUAACAGAACAUUGCUCCCAACACUACCCUCCUCCCAUCCUCCUCCAUUAUCAUUAAGGAUUCCAACCCCAAAAGAGGUCUCCUUCAAAACCAUUUACUAUCCAAAAUUACGGUGCAGAAAUGGUUUGAGAAAAGCAGAGUCUCUUAUUGGCAAUGGGGAGGGGCUGCAAACUGGCAUUAGGAGGAAAAACCUGGCAGUUUUUGUCUCUGGUGGAGGUUCAAAUUUCCGUUCAGUUCAUGAGGCUACUCUUGCAGGAGCAGUUCACGGAGACAUUGUCGUGUUGGUCACAAACAAACCCGGUUGUGGAGGUGCAGUCUAUGCAAGAGAUAAGGGUAUCCCUGUGAUUUUGUUCCCUAAAAUUAAGGACCAACCAGACAGUCUUUUGGCAGAUGAUCUUGUCUCCACCCUCAGGACGUAUAAUAUUGACUUCAUACUAUUAGCUGGAUUCCUGAAGCUGAUACCAGUGGAAUUAGUCCAAGCAUAUCCAAGAUCAAUCAUAAAUAUUCACCCAUCGCUUCUCCCAGCUUUUGGAGGCAAAGGCUAUUAUGGCAUGAAGGUGCAUAAAGCAGUUAUUGCUUCUGGUGCAAGUAGAUACUCGGGUCCUACAAUCCAUUAUGUCGAUGAGCAGUAUGACACAGGACGUAUCCUUGCUCAAAGAGUAGUACCUGUACAUGCCAAUGACACUGCAGAAGAACUGGCUGCAAGGGUUCUACAAAAGGAGCAUCAAUUAUAUGUGGAGGUAGCCGCUGCAUUAUGCGAAGAGCGGAUUGCAUGGAGAAAAGAUGGCGUCCCACUGAUCCAGAGCAAAGACAACCCUAACCACUACAGCUAGCACUGUCAUAUAUAUAUGUAUCUGCUGCUAUUUGUAUUUUUGGCCCAGAGAGGUAAUUGAAGGGGAUGACGACUUGGAAGUAACCAGGAUAAGGGGGGAGGCAACAUCUCUAUUGUAUCAUCAUUGAAUUCAAUAAAAUCUUUCUAAUUUCAAGA